AUGAAGCGUUUACUCGCCUUGAGACGUCAUCAAAACGACCAAAUACAAUGUUUAAAGUAUCCAUUUAAAAAAAGGAAGAGUAAGCAUGGACUAAUAUCCAGUUGUUUAAAAUAUUUAAAGAAAUUAAACAAAAGCUUAAUUUGACUUUUGACGAUGUGAAUUUAAGCAUGGAUGCAAUUUGGGUAUACUCCUCAUUUCAGAAUCAUUGAUGGUUUGGAGGUCAAUUUAUACCAAUUUUUCUAUGAUUCCAUAUGGAUUAAAAUCAAGUUGGUGUACCUAUAUAUAUCAUCAUAUAUAAUAAAGAUGGAUACGGCUACAAAAUAAACACAGAAUGGAAAUUUUUGUCUUUAUCAUAAAAAAAACGUAGGUGAACAAACUCACGGUCAAAAUAGGUGUAAUUUGGGUACCGUCACGUUAGACGUCUUGCGCGAAGAACUGAAAAUUCGUGUAGUAAUUGUUAAUGGUCAAUUCAAUUUUACAGAGUGGUGAGAAAGGAAUUUAGAAUGGAUCAUCUGAAAACAGGAAUGACCAAAAUAGGGAUUUUUAUGGAGAAGAAAAAGUUUUUCGUUUUGUUUUUCUUCGUAUGUUUAGUUACGCUAGAUAUUGGCUGCAUUAUAAGCGGACAUCGGACGACAUUUUAUUAUCUCCGAUCGUACCUUCAGGAUUUUAAAAGUUCUUCUAAUGAUAGUUCUACAUUCAGUUCAAAUUCCAGAAAGAAUAAUUCAACAAUAACUAUUCUAUGGUAUGCUAAACAAGGAUAUUUCAGUGGAAAUGAAGAUUUGACUGGAUGUAAAUUCUCAAACUGUAUUCUGACAGAAAAUAAGACAGUUCUUAAAAAGAGUGCAGCUGUUUUGUUUGCCUACCGUGAUAUGUGGAACAAAGUGCCUUUUAAGAAACGUGGUCAGAUUUGGGUGAUUGUUAAUAUUGAAAGUCCUGCUUACGAUGAGGACUUAAAUCGUGUUUGGGAUGAUAAAUUUGACUGGAGCAUGACAUACAGAAAGGAUAGUGAAAUUUUCUUGAACUACAAAACUUUCAGAAGAACUAUUCCUUUACAGAAAAAUUACAGUGAAAUUUUCAAAAAUAAAACGAAAUAUGUUGCUUGGGCGGUAGGUAAUUGUCAAUCUCGUUCAAGACGUGAACUGUACGUCAGACAAUUGCGAAAAUAUAUAAAAGUUGAUAUUUAUGGUGAUUGCGGUAAAAAACCUUGCCCGAACCGGACCUUGCCUGGCUGCCACGAAGUUUUAUCGCAAAAGUAUAAAUUUUAUCUUGGUUUUGAAAAUAGUUUGUGCAAAGAUUAUGUUACUGAGAAGGUAUUUCAUACAUUCCUUGAUAACAGCAAUGCUGUAUAUGUGUAUAGAGGUGCUCCGAACGUUAAAUCCAUUGUACCACCAAAAACGUACAUAGAUGUUAAUGAUUAUGAAAAUCCAAAACUUCUUGCAGAAUAUUUGUUAAGACUAGGGUCAAAUGAAAGCGAAUACAUAUCAUAUUUAAAAGAAUCAGAUAAAUACCAUAUAGACAACGAACAAAAUUACUACAGAAGUUUGUGUGAUCUAUGCGAGUUAUUGAAUACUUAUAAAAACAAAGAACUGAAAUGGACAGGGAAAACGUUUAACAGUUGGUACCGUCAAAAUGUCUGUGUUUCAUAGUAUGAUAUGAUUUUUUGAAACAAGGCUGACACUCAAAUUCUAUUAAGAAAAAUUUGAAACUAAAUUUUGGGAGCAUGUCAUUUGAUGAUAAAGAGACUGAGUGCAUUGCAUGUUAUCAAGCGUUAAAGCACUGACAGCAAGUCAUUGUAAACCGUUCAUCAGAAAUCAUUGUAUCUAUUUGUUAUACUGAAAACUGUUAUCUUCUUAUUUUUAUUAUCCGAUCUCUCACGUUAAUGUACAUGGACUUUGCUCCUCCUGAAAUAACUAAACGUAUGCCGCAAUUAAAUAUUGACACAAUGUUGA